UUGUUGCGAUUUUUAGCUGAAGGAUCCUAUCAAAGAUCAGUCGGGAACGAUUCUAGCAUAAGUGUAGCUAGAAGCACGGUGUCAACGAUUUUAGAUUGUGUGCUUAAGGUUAUGGAGCGGUUCAUUUGCCUUCAGUGGGUGAAACUAGAAAUGGACGGCACCGAAAAACACAGAUGAAGAGACUAUUUUUACUUAAAGUACAAAAUUCCCUCAAUGAUUGGUUGCAUCGGCGGGACACACAUAAAAAUCAUCAAGCCGAGUAUGGACGAACAUUUGUUUUAUAAUCGAAAGGGAUAUUUCAGUAGGAAUGCCAUGAUUAUUUGUGAUGGUGACAUGAAAAUUCGAGCGGUCGAUGCACGCUAUCCCGGCUCUAGCCAUGACUCAUUCGUAUGGAACGUUAGUAGCGCCAGACAAUAUUUCCUCAGGAAGUAUGAGUCAGGUGACCGGACAUCAAAGUUAUUAACAGAUUGUUAAUAUGGCAUAGAACCUUUUUUAUUAACACCAUACAGAGAUCCA